CAGAGGGAUCUGCAGAAAGGGGUGAGGGGAAAGGAAGGAGCUGGAGGUGGAGAAAUCCUGCAGAAUCUGGGGAUGUCAAUUGAUGAGGUCAUAGAGUUUGCCAGUUGCAGAAAAGAAAGUUAAAGGCACAAAAAAAAAAAAAAAAAAAAAGUUUUGAAGUUGUUUUUCAAAAGAGGCGAAAACUCCGAGAAGCCGAAGGAAUGGAGCAACUUUUCAAACUCCUCCUGUGGCAGAUUUUGCUUCAGCAAAGUUCUGUGUGCUCAUAUUCAGUCCCAGCCGAUGCCUCCAACCCAUCCAGCGUGGUGGUGUCAGUGCUGAACAUCAGUGCAGUGCUGGGCUCCCAGGCUGUGCUGCCCUGCAAGAGCCACCGCAUGGUUUGGACCCAGGACCGCCUGAAUGACCGGCAGCGUGUGGUGCACUGGGACCUGCUGAGCUCCUACUAUGGGGACAGCAGGAUGGAGAGGCUCUGUGACAUGUACUCAGCUGGGGACCAGCGUGUCUACAGCUCCUACAACCAGGGCAGGAUCCUCAUGCCCGAAAAUGCCUUUGCAGAUGGGAAUUUUUCGCUGGUGAUUAAAGGAGUUGCAGAGAGCGAUGAAGGCACAUAUUCCUGUAACCUUCACCAUCACUACUGCCACUUGUACGAAACGGUGAAAAUCCAGCUGCUCGUUGCCAGGAGAGGAGAGGAUGCCAGCGAGCACUGGGACGGCGAGAAGCCGGUGCUGGUGGCUCCGGAGGGCAGCACGGUGACCCUGCCGUGUGUCAACCGGCAGCACAUCUGGACCGAGAGACACAGCGAGGAGGAGCAGCAGGUGGUGCACUGGGACCGGCAGCCCCCCGGCGUGCCCCAGGACCGUGCUGACCGCCUGGUGGAUCUGUACGCGUCCGGGGAGCGCCGCUCGUACGGCCCGCAGUUCCUGCGGCAGAAAAUGAACGUGAGCCGCGCCGCCUUCGCCGCCGGCGAUUUCUCGCUGCGCAUCUCUCACCUGGAGAGCGCCGACGAGGGAACCUAUUCCUGUCACCUGCACCACCACUACUGCGGGCUGCACGAACGCAGGAUCUACCACCUGGCCGUGCUGGAGCCGCAGAGGGACAGCAAGGUGGUGAACAUCAGCAGCGACGGCACUUCCCCUUCAGAUCCAAACGUGGUCAGGGGCCACAAUGUCAUCAAUGUCAUCAUUCCCGAGAGCAGGAUGCAUUUUUUCCAGCAGCUGGGCUACAUCCUGGCCACCCUGCUGCUCUUCCUCGUCCUCCUCAUCAUCGUGGUGCUCCUCACCCGCAGGCGCCGGCAGAGAGGUUAUGAGUACAACGUGAAGAAAUAUGGAGAGAAGGAUGUGAAUCUUAAAGAAUUUCCAGUGGACACGACAGAUCUGACCCCACACAAGAGUGAAGACAUCAGGCUGGAUUACAAAAACAACAUCCUGAAGGAGAAGGCUGAGCAAGCCAGAAGCUUCCCAGCGAAGAACAUUGAUUUAGACAAAGAUUUCAGGAAGGAAUAUUGUAAAUGAAGACACUCCCAAAGCUGCUGGCUGGACCAGAAGCUUCCAUCAGAGAUAAAUAAUGUGGAAGAGAGAUGUCUUUUCUUAAUUCCAUCUCCCUCCAGUCCCCACAGGAUUUUUUUCCCCCACACAAGGGUGCAAAUGCUUCAUGAAAGAGUUAAACUGUCUUGUGUGCAUUUAUGGGGUUGGGUUGCCUUUUCUUCCUCUGUUCUCCCAACCCUCCCUUCCCCUUUUCUUUCUCGACAAUUAUUGUUGGAUUUUAUGCAUCAAUGAUUUUUAUGAGCUGAAUCAGCAGAGGUUUUGCUUUGAUGUUAUUGCUUUAAAUAAAACCACCUGCAUCACUAAUCCUGA